GACAGUGCAAACAUGCGUGGACUGCGCUCGGCGAUCCUUGCGAUGCAGCCGCUACUGCUGCGGCUACUACUUUCGAUGUGGCUGCGACUGGUACCUGUGGUAAAGCAGACAGAUGGAAUAAUCCAUGCAGCCAAUCCAUGCGAACUCAAGGGCUGCCCUGCCUCCAAGCCGGGCUACAUCAACGUUCACGUUCUCAGUCACAGCCACAUCGACGCUGGAUGGCUUCAGACUGUGGACGUCAUAUAUGAAACGUACGCGGCGGCUAUCUACGACACGACAACGUUUGCCCUGGUCCAGAAACCGAGCCGGCGUUUCGUUUCCGCCGAGAACGUCUUCUUCGCUCGGUGGUGGCGACAAAAGCCAGCACAAAUCAAGGACAGCGUGCGACAGUUAGUCCUCUCAGGACGUCUACAGUUCGUGGGAGGCGGAUGGACGCAGAAUGACGAGGCGGUGACUCACUACACCGCCAUAAUCGACCAGAUGACGCUGGGACUUCGAUUCCUGAAUUCCACAUUCGGACCACAGUGCGGCUCGCCCAGUGUCGCGUGGCAAGCUGACCCGUUUGGACACUCCGUCACACAGGCCGCACUGUCCACUAGGAUGGGCUUCAGCAGCGUCAUGUUGGGCCGAAUAUCGUCAGACACCAAGAAUGACUGGCAGAGGAAUCGCAGCAUGGAGUUCGUCUGGGAAACCGACAGCCGCGAACAGGGGGAGUCUGCCAGCUGAUAAGAAAUAUUUG